AUGAUAUCGACACUCCCUCGAAGCAGCAAUCUGGCUGUUGCCUCCUUCAAGCUCAGUCACACUUCUCCACAAACAUCCAUAAUCGAUCUCCAAUGCCUCUACCCAUCAAGCAGGACCUUCAGCUCCAGCACCGCUCGCUUCAACCUCCCACCGCCAUAUAACUCCAAACCAACAUCCUCCUCCUCAUCCGCCGCCACCACACCCGCCUCAGAAACAUCCAUAUCCUCCCCCGUCAACGCACCCGCGAGCACCCGGCCCGCGUUCCUCGACGUUCCUUCAAAAGACAACCCGCAGACUUCAGGCACAUUCUCAUAUUACUUCGCUCUGGGCAAGGCGUACCUACGCUUUUACAAGACGGGUCUCAAAAACGUUUACGGCAAUUACAAGGCUUCCAUCCCGCUGCGGAAACAACUUGGUUUACCAGUGUACAUACCACGCUCGCCAUGGACAGAUGUCUCCGCGUCUUCCGCCAGUGGUACAACAAACAUCUCGUCACUUACAAGAAGCGAUUUCCAGCUCGUUCGACGCAGCGCAUAUGAUCUCCGCAGAAUGAUUCCAUUCGGGUUCAUCUUGCUUAUAUGCGGUGAAUUUACGCCCUUGGUUGUACUUGCGAUAGGCAAUAUGGUAACGCCAAUGACGUGCCGGAUGCCUAAACACUUGAUCAAGGAGCGCAGUAAGAGAGUUGAAUACAAGGUUGCUGCGCUGCAGGGUCUAUCGGCUAGUCAGCGGGAUGUGGUUGCCCCGUCCUCACUAUGUGGAGUCAAGGAUGUAUCUGCGCUAAGUGCCGAAGAAGUCCUGCAAUCAAGCGUUGUGUUCGGGUUGAGCAAACGACAUUCUUUGUCUGUUCCGGAAUUCCUGCAGACAAUGAUUGUCAACUCCCUGUAUAGACCUCGACUGCAGCGGUGGAUGGAGUACCUUGCUGCAGACGACAAGUUGAUUAGGAGUGCUGGUGGGAUGGAGAAUAUGGUUGCCGAAGAGGUGCGGUUGGCCGUUGAUGAGAGGGGCGGUGUGGAUGUUGGUAUGGGUCUUAAGGAAGGCGUGAGAGAGGCUGCUGAGCGAAAAUGGCUGGCUAAGUGGCUUGGACAAAAUGAUUAG